UCUUCAACUACCGUCACCGUUAAUACCCAAUUCCCUCUUCACUUCUUCUUUGAUCUUCGACGGAAAAUAUCACCCAUCCCCGUCGAUCUCAAAAACUCUCGCCGGUGAAAUUACCUAUCUCUUCUCGCAAAUCCAAUUGGUGUUUUAGCCUCUUUGGUUGGGAAUUGUACAUUACCUUCUGGUGCUAAGAAACAAAUUUUUCAGCAAGGAAAAUGGUUUAUCAUUCCAGUUUUGUUGAUGAGGAAGGAAUUAGUAAAGCUUGUGGAUGCCCUUUAUUACCUCUGAAAAGCCAUAUAAGGGGACCUGCUCCAGUUUCAGAACAAGAUACAACUGAUAUUGUCGAUGAAGCAAUCACAUUCUUCCGAGCAAAUGUCUUCUUCAAAAACUUUGAUAUUAAAAGCUCAUCUGACAAGCUACUUAUCUAUUUGACAUUGUAUAUCAAUAUUGCUUUAAAGAGGCUUGAAGGCUGCCGAACUUUAGCUGAAGGAACCAAGGCUAUCAUCAACCUAGGUCUGGAAAAUGUUCCUGUACCUGGAGAGGCAGGUUUCCCAUUCCCAGGCUUAUUUUCUCCAGCCCAAUCUCAAAAAGAAGCAGAACUAUUCAGGAAUUAUCUGAAGCAAAUAAGGGAGGAAACUAGCGGGAGAUUAUUAAGCGUUGCUUAUCGGCCUAACGGAACACCUAACAAAUGGUGGUCAGCAUUUUCCAAGAGAAAGUUUAUGAACAUGGUUCUUCCUUGAAUACUGAUCUUGUAAUGACUAGAGUUUCAACUUCUGCAGAGGAUGCAUUUGCUGCUAUUGAGUUGUUUGGCAGGUCCAAGUUGCUUUUGCCUCAUUAAACGAAUUAUCGAACUGUGAACACACAAGAUUACCUACUUUCUGCACUUUGUAAAUUACUCACUCUACUUGUAAUUGCUCAAGUACAAGUAGUGGGAAUUCGUACAGCCGACCCAUACUUGCUUGGGAUCGAGGCAUAGUAGUUGUUGUUGUUGUACCUGUAAUUGCUCAAGCUACAUAUAUUAUUAGUGUAAAUGUGUGAAAGAAGUGUGCCCAAAUGACCCAAUUUGCAGUUUCUAGUUGUUUUUUAACCGUGA